AUGGCUCGAGCCGCAAGCAGGACGCUCCUGGCGCUGUUUGUUACAUUUUGCGCUUCAAGGUGCGGAUGGACAGCAGAGAAGCCUUUGCGGUCCCCAAAUGGGAAACAGACAGCUGUGGACAAGGUCUUAAGGGAGAGCUGGCAGCCUUCUAUCCAUCUGGAUGGAAGACCUGUGGAUCGUUUCGUUAUGAGCUCCAGCAAACCCAGCCGUUCCCACCGCUUCGCCAAAGUGAGCAAGGACACUCGCUCACAUCCACCAGAGGAUGUCGGCCCAGAAUUGAUUAACUUGGAUGGCUUUGCUGUGUUGGUCAAUCCUCCCGUCAACUCAUCAGCAGGCUUGGUCAAGUCCUCUCAAACUGCUGCCAGAAAUCACGCAACUGCAAGCCGACCAACCAGGGUGAACAGAACGGCUCGUCCUGCGGGCGUGACGUCUACCUGGAUGCACAGGAGAGCACCUCAGUCCUCCUCAGGUCAUGGGCAGCCCGUGAGAGCCGUGGAAGGAGCCUCACCGCUGGAAAGAAGACACCAACGCCAAACCAAACCUCAGGCAGACCAGCGAAACAGACAAGCACCCAAACUUGCAUCUGAGUCCGUUCAUGUGGUGUCACUGCAGGCACAGAAGGCCCAGGGACAAAGUGCACCCGCCAACAGGGACAUAACAGCAAAAACUGCACCACCAGAGCCACCUGAAUAUGAAGCCCGGGACAUCAGUGUCAGGGUCAUGUCUCCAAAGUCUGUCCUUAUCUCCUGGGUUGACCCUGCUGUUGAAAUGGGAAAAGUUGCCCCGGGAGCAUCAAGGUCAUACACAGUUAGGUUCAGGGAGAAAGGUGAGUCAGCGCGCUGGGAGUACAAGGAAAGUACCCAGAGGAGAAUGAUGAUCGACACCCUCUCUGCUGACGGCAUGUUCGAGUUCUCCGUCAGAAUCUCUCAGGGAGAAAAACACAGCAAGUGGAGUGUCUCAGUAUUUCAGAGGACUCCUGAGUCUGCUCCAUCUGGACCACCUGAAGAUUUUGAAGUCAAGCCACUACGAGGAAAAGGAACUGCUGUCAUUGCAACAUGGGAUCCUCCAGAAGAACCUAAUGGCAGGAUAAGAGAAUAUAUUCUGUCUUAUGCCCCUGCUAUGAAACCAUUUGGCAUGAAAAGUGUCACGUACCGUGGCAGCACCACUACAGCCACCAUAGAUGGUCUGACCCCAGGAGAACGUUACAUUUUCAAGAUAAGAGCCACCAACAGAAGGGGAAUGGGACCACAAAGCAAGGUCUUCAGUGUUGCCAUGCCAGAGUCCAGGAGUACCGUCCCAUCUUUCUCGAAAAACAAAGACAGCCAGAGGACAAGCCACUCAUCUUCUAAACAGGAUGUGGUUGAUAAAAAACCCAAUUCACCAUCAAAACAGGAACCAGAGGAACCAGCCUCAACCCCUAAACCACCCACCAAGCAUGUACGCCCACUUUCCCAGACACGUUCCUAUCACAGCAUUUUUUCCUCUAUCAGAAACUCAGUCAGGAAUGGUGUGAACAGAGGUUCAUCUAAAGAAAAAGCUAAAGAAGAUGAGGAACAAGAAGAAGAUAAAGUAUCCACAACCCCACCUCCUGCAGACGAGACAACUACUGAACCUAGGCCAGAGAGAGAAGAGCUGGACAACAAUGUCUCCCUUAUGUCUGAGGAUGAAAUUGAAUAUAUUAAAGAGCCCACAACAACUGAAACCCCAAGCCAUAAAGUUUUGACACCCUCUCCAACCAAACCUGUGCAUAAAAAUCCUUAUAAACCGAACAGAAGGCCAUUUAAGAUCAGGGUCCAUGAAAAAGCCGGAUCAAAGGCUACUUCUUCCUCCUCUUCCAAAAGUCCAUCCUCAUCUUCAUCCUCAUCUUCUUCCUCUUUAUCCUCAUCUUCUUCUUCUUCAUCCUCAUCUUCUUCCUCCGCAACCUCAUCAUCCUUUUCUUCUCACGUACAAGAGUCAGCAGCAAGUAGAAAGGACCAUGUAAUCUCCACAUAUCCAGAGACACAAAGUAUGUACAAUAAAUUCAAUGUAACACAAGCGAAACCUUCUACUACAAGUCAAAAAGAAACCAACUCACAGCAGACAGACACUACACUGAGGGGCAAUGUCUCCUCCUCAGCAGAGCAUACCAGUGGUUCUGCUUCUGUUUUUUCUUCAAGAUAUGGUUCUGGUAGAAGAAAACCUGGAAUUUUGUUCAGAGGGAACACAACCCGGUUGCUAAAUGGCUACAAACCUGCUGUCACCACUCAGCUGAAAAUCACUAGCAGAACCCAAAGCCAGGUUUCCUUAAACCAACCAACAGUCAAUUCUCAGUCCACCUUACCAGAAAUAACUCAAAGUCAUGAAACAUCAUCACCUUUCAUUCCACAAACAUCCACGUCCCAUUCAAGAAACACUUUGAACAGUCAUUCAACAACAAAUGUAAAUGAUUCUAACAAAUCACAGUUCGCAUCAAAUUCAAGGUCUCGUGAUCCAAAAACUUUGAAAGACACUAAUUUACCCACUUCACAGAGAAUAGCAAUUCACCAUUCAACUGGAGACAAAGAAAGUUCUACUCAGUCAAGUUCACGAGGAGCAUCUCACAGCUCUGCAACCUCACAUAAUAUACACAAUUCACUGGGUUCACACUCAUCACCUGAUCUUACUGCAUCGUUCAAGGAGAGAAAUGAUGAGAUUAAUUAUGAACACGGAGAAGAUAAAAAACUCAAAGCUGAAGAGCCAACUCCAAGUUCAAGAGUACAACGCACAGAUCAAAAUAAAGAGGAAGAAAGAAAAGAUGAAAACAUGAAUAAAAAGCCCACACUGUCUCGUACCAGAAUAAGUUCUUCAUUCGCUGAAAGAUUUCCUUGGCUUGCCAGCCGUUACCCAGACAAAUUUGUCUCAGGUACAAGGACAUCAUCUCUCAGGCAAAAUGGAGGGACAUCUUCAACCAGGGUGUCAUCGUCUGUUGGGGCUGGCAGACCACUUUCAGGAGGGACAACUACUAGAGUCUCAGGAGCGGCAGGUGUUACAGAAGAAUCCUUAAAACAGGAAACCACUAAAGAUCUGAGGACUCCAUUCAAACACGACUUAUUAAAGAACCACGUUGGAGGGAAUUCAGUUAAGCCAUCUUUGAACAAUCAAAAUACAAGAUCUAGUGACACUAAAAGUCAAACUACCUCAUUUCCCCCAACAACCUCCAAAUUUUCAAAUUCUGACUCCAACCCACUUGAAAAAACAAUCAGACCCAAAGAUUACAGUGAUCCUAUUCCCAAAGAGAUCUCAAACAAUGACGAUCACAAGGACAACAUAAACGCCAAGAGUAAAGAGAACGAGAAGAACGCUCCAGACCACAAAGCAGCUCAAACAAAUCCUAUAUCUACUUCAGCUGUCCUCAGGAAUGGGGAAAAUUAUGAAAGUGUGAGUACAAGAGAAACUUCAUCCAGGAAACGACCAGGUACUUCAACUGGAGCCAGUCCAAGCCACCGUCGUCUCGGUGUAGGAAUGAAUGGAAGAGUGCGCUCUUCUCUUCUAGCUAACACACAGUUUGGCGGGUCGAGGCUUCCCAUCAGGCCACAGCAGGUGCAGAAUUCUAGACUGGGUGGUUCAACGUCUGAAUCUUCAUCUUCAUCUUCAUCUUCCUUGGAUUCCUCUGCCUCCUUAAACUUUCCCAAGCCUGUCCUGAACUCAGCUCACAAAGCUAGAAGCGACACCGCAAAUACAAAAAUGUGGGGUGGAAACUCUCCCUCCACUUCAUCUUCAUCUGGUUUGAGACAUCAAGGGGCUAGGCCUCACUAUCCUGUCAUCAGAGGGAAACCAAACAAUGGAGGAGGAUUCAGACCUGCCAAUGGAAAUGGUAAAAACGAACAACCCAAUCUGACAGCAAAAAAUGAAAAAGAGACUCCUUUGUCUCGUGGAGCUAGCAAGGCGACUGGACAGAAGUUUUUCACUGGGCCUGAUGGAACCAAAUGGGUCGGUCAUUGCCAAGCUAGAAAUGUUAUGAGCUGGAAAACUCCUUAUGUGAACUACAUCCAGAAAGAUCCAGGCGCGCCCUGCUCCCUAACCGAGGCUCUGGACUACCUUCAAGUUGACAUCCUGGAAGACGUGAUAAAGAAGGACAACAUGGCAGUCAAUCAGAAACAAUCUCCAAAACACAAGCCUCAGAACCUCACAGUGGUGGCCAUGGAAGGCUGCCACUCUUUUAUCAUCCUGGAUUGGGCCCGACCCCUGAAAGGUGACAUGGUGUCAGGCUACAUGGUUCACAGCGCUUCAUAUGACGACGUCCUCAACAAUAGAUGGGCUGCCAGAGCCUCUGAUGGGACACAUUUAGCUGUGGAGAACCUAAAGCCCAACUCCAGGUACUACUUCAAAGUGCAGGCCAAGAAUGUGUUCGGUUUGGGACCAUUCAGUGAAACACUCACCUAUGAAACUGAGUCAGAUGAUCCAUUUUUGAUUGAAAGACCACCUGGUGGAGAACCAAUCUGGAUCCCUUUUACCUUCAAGUUCAACCCGGUCCACAGCAGCUGCAACGGCAGUCAGUACGUCAAGCGAACGUGGUACAGGAAGUUUGUCGGCGUGGUUCUGUGUAAUUCUCUACGAUAUAAGAUCUUCAUGGGAGACGGCCUAAGAGAACCUUUUUACAGUAUAGGAGACACGCUUGGACAGGGAGGAGACCAUUGCCAGUUUGUGGACUCCUACAUGGAUGGAAGAACAGGCCCAGUUGACUUCUCAUAUAAUAUCCCCUCAGCACAAGGAUAUUAUCGGGCCUACAGACAGGAGCCGGUUACAUUUGGAGUUAUUGGCCGACGUACAGCCCAUCAUUUUGUAGGCUGGUAUGAAUGUGGUGUACCCAUCCCUGGAAAAUGGUAA